AUGAGCAAAGUGAACUGGACAGCCUCACGGGAACAUGAUAUUAUGCGCAAUUAUAAGCUUUUACAACAGAGUUUUACGGCUUUGAAGAUUGAUAAACAGAUUCCAGUGGACAGACUUAUUCGUGGCAGAUAUCAGGACAAUCUCGAGUUUUUACAAUGGCUUAAGGCCUUCUAUGACACACAACGGACUCUUCCGAUGGUUUAUGAUGCCCGUUCUCAGCGUGCAAAGGGUAAAGGGGGAGAUCAGUACAUGUACAACAAUAAGGUGGGUGAAAGACACACUUCAACGCCGUCGAUGAAGAAGAAAGCGCGACUUGAUGAACAGACGCCACGACGUCAAACGAGUCAACUUUAUCGUCAUGGAGAGACAAAGUCAUCGGAGUAUACAAUCGUGCUGGAGAAAAUGGAACACAUGAAGAUCACGAGUAAAGGACUAUUAGAGGAGAAGGAAGGACUGAUGAUGCAGAUCCAUGAGCUGAAUGAAGCUAUCAAACGUACUAAAAAGGAACGUGAUUUUUACAUGAAGAAGCUCGAGAUGAUUGGAGAGCUGGUACAUGAAGGCGAGCUCUCGAAGACGACGAGCGCACAGACCAACUUUCUUGGACUAUCGAUUCUUGAUGUGAUAUAUGCGACGGAGGAAGACGAACAGGAGCAGGAGCUGCUAUUUUAA